AUGUCAGGGGGGUAUGAUGAUGUGCAUGGUGGCUUUGGUUUUGGAGAUAGAAACGGAGGAGGAACGUCUCUUCUGGACUUUGCUAGAGAAUUUGAUUUGGUGAUAGCAAACUCGAGUUUCUCGAAGAAGAGGGAGCACUUGGUCACCUUCCGGAGUUCGGUGGCUGAGACUCAGAUUGAUUAUUUACUAUGUAGGAAGUCUGAUAGAGGUCUUUGCACGGAUUGCAAGGUCUUCCCAAUUGAGAACCUCUCGACCCUUCCUAGACUCCUGGUUAUGGACCUUGAUAUCAUGAGGAAGAGGAGGAAGAGGUGCAUUAGGGAAGCCGCAGAGAGACUAGUGGUGGAAUGGAGAGGUGCAAAGAAAAGUGGAAACCAAGAAAGCAGCGUAUAUAAAGCUAGUGGAAGUGUAGACGAGGAGGAGAAGAGAGCAAAUAUGGAGCAUUAUAAAUUGGCUAAGAAAGAGGCGAAACUAGUAGUUACGGCAGCCAAAAAUGCAGCUUUUAGUUGUUUGUAUGAGGAACUAGAGGGCUAA